GCCCCCUGAGCGCCAAGCCGGCUUUAGCGUGAACUCUCUCUAGCGUGCCCCGCUGCUGCCUGCACUGACGGAAAACGCUUACUACCCCUAAUAAACUUAAAGGAAUGCGUCGCAGUCGGACGAUUGCUCAUCAUCAUUGAAUCAAUGCAUGCAUUCAAUGCCCGUUUUCUGUAACCCAAACGCCUGCAGCUCCAUCUAGUACCGCUGCGUCCAUUCCUUCCCUUCACUUCACCUUUCACAACUGAUGCCUCGCAUCACCGUAUCACGCAUUCUUGGGCUGGUCCCGUUAACGUGGGUUUGUCUGGUCGGAACAUGGUUCUUCCUGCCAUCGCCCGUGCUUCAGGACAUCGCCCACGAUGAGUACAUCCAACAGCACUUGAGGGUUGGCAGCACAGUAACCACCAUCAUUGAGCGAGGGAGCUCCAUCAAGUUCACUCGGGGCCAACGGCAGUGCAGCGGCGAAUGCAGUGGCCUCAUCUUUGAUUGGCGUCUGGAGGCACAUCGCGCUUCGGACAGCCUCAUGCUGCGUGUCGGGGAAGCUCGCUUCAACCUGACAGAGACAGUGUUGAAGGGUCCCUCUGAUCUCAACCCAUCUUUCAGCGCACGGGUUCGCGCCGGUGGCACGGAUCAUGACACAGCCCUCCCCUGGUUCAGAUGGACUGACAAGGUCCUGAUCACCUCGUUGAUGCACAACCUCCAUGAGGAUGUCGACCUGAGGAUCUUCAGUCCCGAAGCUGGCAUGGUUGAGAUCUGGAAGGAUAUUGGCAUGUGGGAGUCAUACAAGCCUGGUGACGCCGUGAGGGAGACGGAGCGCGAGGUUGGGCUCCUGGCCAGCUUCUCGCACAUUCCGACGGAUCAAUUCUCUGGCGCCAGUGCCUUGAGAGCCAACUCCGCCAACAUCAAGAUUGCGAAAGUGCAGGGCCAGCUUCCGUCCAAGACGUGGCCGAUCCGCGCCAUCAUCGCGGGCCCACUCUACGUGCCUACCUUCAUGCUCUCGGUGAUCAUUUGGAGCUUUACUUUCGACCUGGUGCCGCUGUCGGCCAUCCUCUUCUUCCAGAUGCUGGCGAUCUUGAUCAUCUUCGUCGGCCUUCAGCGAAUCAACCUGGCCUGGCUCUGCAGGGACAGAGCGAAGCGGCCAAAGAACCGGGGCAUCUGGGGCGCGGCCGGGCCCAUCACCGACGAGGAAAGCGGACUUUUGGCGAUUCGGCCACAAAACGUCAUGGCCAUGUUCCCGAACGCGAUAUCGAAACCGAGCAAGUCGAGAGCUCCCGUAUUUGACAAGGCCUGAGGCUGGGGACAACCGCAGCUUAUGUACAUAACUAGUUUAGCAUUCGGCAAAAUGUAUUUUCUUGGUGUAUCACUCCCUCUGUGUGGCAUGCGUCAUUUCCUUACGGCUUGGCACAUAUCGAAGUUGUCCAGCGCACGAUUUACAGCAUGCAUGUGCCACUGCCAAUUAUCCUCCAUGGACCUGUGGCUUUCAUAUGUCCCGAUGCCAAAACGAUGAAGCCGACCUGUUGGCCGUCUCUUAACUACUUUGUGACGAAGCACUUGCCGUGCUCUCCGAAACAGCUCUCCAACGGAAUAAACGAUUCCAGCAUGCCUGGCGACCUAGAGGUGUUACCGAGGCUCGACUAGCG